GCGGGGCGUGGCGGGAUCGCCGCGCCGGGCUGGCGGCUGUCGGGCGGCGGGAUGGAUCGGAGGGUGAUACCUGGUACCCGGCUCCCUAAGGCACCUCGGCCCGCCGCCGGAAAUGAACCCAGGAAGUAAUGUGAAGGGCCAUGUGAAGCUCUGUCAUAGCAGAAAUUUUCUAAAAGAUUGCUUUACCUAGCUGAGCUUGGCAAAGCAAGGAUAUGAACAAUUAUACAGAUUUCUGUAGUUCCAGUGCGGGAGACUGCCAGCAAUGGGAGAAGUUCAAUGGGCAGAAACAAAGAGAAGAACAAGGAAGUCGAGAAUUUCAGCAAUUAAGAAAGGAUAAGUGGAAGGAGAAAAUGUUGGGCUGGUGCCAAGCGAUAGCUCGUAACCCUCACAGACUUCCAAACAGCACAAGAACACCCGAGGUCUCAGGUGAUGCUUCACGUAACUCUACUUUGAAUGACAAAUCCCCAGGGCGUUCCACAAGUCGAUCAAGCAACAUUUCAAAGGCAAGCAGUCCUACAACAGGAACAGCUCCCAGGAGUCAGUCACGGUUGUCUGUCUGCCCUUCCACUCAGGACAUUUGUAGAUCUACUACCUUGCAUGAUUUGUCAGAAGAUGAGCUUGAACAUGCAACCCCUGUUAUGGUGUUGACCCCUUCUAAUAGGGAGUCUGGUAAGAAACAAGUAAAACGAAGGUUUAGGCGGAAAAGAGAGACUGGAGACACUGGUGAGCAUGCAGAAAAGCAAAGAAAAGGGAAAGACUGUAAACUGCAUCCUGAGCCUGCAAGGUCCAGUUGGAAUGCAUCUGAUUCAUCAUCAUCUUCGGAUGAGAGUCAGUGGGCUCAGGCUAGGAGGAGAGCAAGAGAAAAGGCCAGAAUACCCAGGAGAGGGAGAAGGAACACUAGAUCAUGCAUUAACCAGGAUGGGUCCUCAAACAAUAAUGCUGUUGAACUUGUCACUUUGGGGACAGUGGGGAAAAACAAGCAAGAGGUAUCUGACCCUGAGAAUCCUACUUUAAAUCACCGCCGAAGAAGGGUUCCAAGGCUAAAGGAAUCACAGUCUUCAGUGUCAUCUCAGGAAGCAAGGAUUUCCUCAAGAAAAUGUGGAAAAAGCAAAGGAAAAAGCUACUAUGGAGAUCGGCACCCUGCAUCUUUCUUUAGACACAGUAAAGAUUUGAAGGACUGCUUUGCAGAGGGAGGCUCUGGGAGUGAUGCUCUGGCAGUCCCCAAUAAUGGAGCACCUGCUGGGGCAGGGCCCAGUGUGACUGACGAUGUUCAGAAGCCUUCAGUGUUGUAUGAUGACUUAUCUGAUGAUUUAGAAGUAUGCAGGAUCUGUCACUGUGAGGGAGAUGAUGAAAGUCCCCUCAUCACACCGUGUCGCUGCACAGGGACCCUGCGCUUUGUUCAUCAGGCCUGUCUGCACCAAUGGAUUAAAAGCUCAGACACACGCUGUUGUGAGCUCUGCAAGUACGACUUUAUAAUGGAGACCAAGCUCAAACCUCUUCGGAAGUGGGAGAAACUACAGAUGACAACAAGUGAGAGGAGGAAAAUAGUUUGUUCAGUCACAUUCCAUGUAAUUGCAAUUACCUGUGUUGUUUGGUCAUUGUAUGUUUUAAUUGACAGAACCGCUGAGGAAAUUAAACAAGGCAAUGAUAAUGGUGUCCUUGAAUGGCCAUUUUGGACAAAACUCGUUGUGGUGGCCAUUGGAUUCACGGGGGGCCUGGUCUUCAUGUACGUGCAGUGUAAGGUGUAUGUUCAGCUGUGGCGCAGGUUGAAAGCCUACAACAGAGUGAUCUUUGUUCAGAACUGCCCAGACACCACCAAAAAACUGGAGGACAAGAACUCUUUGUGCACUCAGACCUCAGAUAUCAAGGACGCAGUAGUGGUGCCAGUAGCACAGACAAGUACAAACUCUCAGCCAGAAGCUGAAGAAAUGAUGUCUGAGGUCAUGCCAGUUUGACAGAGGCAGCACUGUUUCUUCCUUGCAGAAUAAGGUGUAGUGUUUUGUACACUACAAAUGCUAAAAGAGAGCAGAAACGACUGUGCAUUUUUUUCAGUUAAAAAGAACAAAAACCACACAGAAAACAAAAUCCUACAAGGAAAAUGGAUCCAGCAAAGCAACUUGUUACUGUAUGGAAUGUGACCGUUUGUGAAGUAGUUCCUCAAUUAGUCACCAAGUGUAGUGAAAGUGGAAGUAAGUGUAGAAAGUGCAAUAGAGAACAGGUUUAACAGACAAUGCCAAACCAAUGUGACAAUAGUAGUUUUUUUUUUUUUUUUUAAUUUAAAUUUGAUGGCUGGGAAAGUAGGAAGAGACCUGAUAGAAUCAUUUUGUUUACGGAGAACAAAAACCUUUAAUCUGUUUACUACUAAGAGUUGUGUAUUUGCUAUUUAUCUUCUUAAAAGAUACACUUCAAGAGGGUACCAGUCAAGUUAUACGCAUUAACUGAAGUACAAAGAGCUGUAUCUCAGUACUCAUUCUCUAAGCCUCAUAUGGUAACAAACAUUCAUGUGACUACAGUGGAGCCUGAAAGUUUGGGCAGCUCUGUCAACUGAGGAUAUUUGAGACAUUUGAAGGGUAGUAUUGUUCUGAAUAUGCCUGAAUUUUUGAAAAGUAAGUAACUCCAACCAGUAUAAACUCAUGUCUCCAUAAGCUACAGAUAUUUUUUUAAGUACAGCUGUCUGCAAAACAAAAACAGGAAGGAGAGAAUGUGUAGGUACGUAUUUAGAAGAGCAGCUCAGCUGUUCAUUUUGCUUUGUAAGAGUGAAUUAGACAUAAUUUGGAUGCACAAAGAUGUGAGGCAGAACUAUAAAUGAAUAAAAAUGCAGUUCAGUGCAAACCACACACAAGUAGGUAGCAUAUUAUCAAAGGUCUGAAAAAGGAUGACACACUGGGAAGAUGGAAGCCAAUUUUGGUUUUAUUUUUUAAGAUUCGUGAUACAGGACAGUAGACGUAAGAGAAUAUACUCACAUAUUUUAACAGAACAUUAGUUUUUAUCUCCUUGUUCUGAAAAGUUAGUUUUUAUCUUCCUGACUGAAAAAAUAAAUCAAUGGUUUCCCUCUGUACAGGUAAACUUGAGGUGUUAGAGAUUUACAGUUCAGUUAACUUCUUUGUGUUUUGAACAUCCUCAUAUAAAAAUGAAGUGUGAAUAGCAUUAAAAGGUGCAAUAGAUAAAUGAAUGUAGAUGUAAUACUGUGUCCAACAGGGUGAAUUAUAUAUAAAGAGCCGUUUUUGUGAUUCACUUCUCAUAUCUGUGAUGUUUACCAUCAGGACACAACAGCAAGUAUUGACCUGCAGUAGUUAUGUACUGGCAUGGAUAAGUCUGGGGCCUGAAAGUAAUAUAUAUUAAAAAAAAAAAAAAUUGAAGUUCUUUUUUUGUUUGUUUUUAAUCUUUUAUUUAGGUAAAGGAGGAAAAGCAAACAAGCAAAUAAAGAACCAGAGUAAAGAGGAUAGGAAAGGACAGGUUCAUUCAAAGGGGCAAAUCUGCCACAAUUACAAGUGAAUAGACUUCUACAGAAGCCUUGGUAAAUUUCCUCUUUACACACUCAAAUAUCUGUAAUUAAUUAACAGAAUAAGUCCAUUCUUGCAAUUAUCCAGGGUGCUGGGCCUAAGAUGUAUUAGAGUUCAUAUAUUAGGCGUUCCUUUGUGAAUGUGUUCACUGGCUUAAGGCUCAGGGAACAUUGGAAGUGGCAAUAUUAGCAAGAAAUGUGUCUUUUAUCAGACCAUUAUGUUCUUUUAUAUUGGAAUUGCUCAUGUAAUUUUGCUGUGACUAAGUGAUUGUCAUCUGGCUAGACAGAACCCAAAAUCCUGGGGCUUGAACAGGCCCUAAAUACAUGUUAAUACUUACUGUUACUCCAGGUGAAUUGGAUUAAUGGUUAAGUUUUUUCACAUAACAACACACACUUUACGUAUAAAAUAACUUUCCAAUUAUACAAUUUCAAAUUAAAAUUAUAGCAGCUUCUCAUUUGAAAUUACAAAGAAGAGUAAACAAAUCAUUUCUCUGUAAUUGUGGAGAAGGCUUCAGAAGGCCUUCGGAAAACAAUGACAGUACUGAGAAAUUCUUCGUAACUGCACGUUUAAAACAGCCUGUAAAGGCAUGGUUUUCAAAAAGUGUAAAUUCACUUGCUAAAAAGUAAAUCUUAAAUCUGAAGUCAGACACUUAAAAUUACUAGCUGCAUCUAAAUGUUUGGGAGGAUGUAUACAAUAAAACCUGAUGAAUCAUAGCAAAAUUGACUGACAAGGAGCAUUAUUAUGGAAGAAAAAAUAACAGCUUUAUGCAAUAAUCAGAGAUUUUCUUACAAAGUGACAGUAAACCUGCUUCCUUAGCCAGCUUGUUCUUUGACGUGCGAUAGCAUUAUGACCCCAUUGAAAAUACAUUAUCCCCCAUUUUGGCAGUUUACUAGAGACCAAUUCACAUUGGCUUUUUUCUUUAUUCAAGAAUUCAACUCAAAGAAAGUACCUGAGGCUUCUGUAGUAUCCAACAAGAUUACUGUACAUUUUUUUAAAUAUACUGAAGAGUUGGCCACAGAACAGACAACUUAACCUACAGAUUUUAUACUGAUGACUUCAACUUCAAAAUGCUAUUUUGGCACUCAUCUCAACUACAUGUGCAACCAAGCUUACAGUUAGUGAAAUACAAGAACAGAGAAAGGCUUCAGUUGAAAUUCGUCCUCUCCCUUUGAAAUAUUGAUUUGGAUAGCAGGAAAAGGAGCAAAAUGGGACACUGUCUGCUAAGACAGACAGCAAGUCUGCAGCUCGAAGCAGUCUUUAACCUUUUAAAGCAUUACAGUAUUAGCCCGUGCAUCCCUCUACCUUCUUAGGUGCACUGGAUAUUCUAGAGCUUUCGGGGAUUUCAUGCAGGAUUGGAAUUUGCUUGUGAAGCGAGAUGCUACCUCUUUAAGAGGGCAAGGAGCUAUUCACACCACCAUGCCUUGGAUACAGGUCUGCAUGGAUAAGGUGCACAAAUACAGACACCAGACUGCUGCUUACCAGCCAAUGUUUUUUCAUUCCUACACAAAGCACAAUUUUCUCUAUCAAUUUAAUAACCACAGGAUUCUAUCCUGCAAAAAAACAGUAUGCUGAAAAUUCUAAGAUACAUUCUAUGAUUUUUUAAUGAAAAUUACAUAUAAAAUAAGGAUCCAUAGCAAACUGCCUGUGUAGCCACAGUGCAUUCUCAGGCAAAGAUGCUGGCAGUGGAAUUUAGCCUUGGCUAAACCCACAAGGGCAGAACCUUGCACUGAGCAGCCAUUACCAAGAGCAGCUUAAUCUGCAUUCUUGUUUAAAAAGUUUUAAUGUAGGUAGAAGUAAUCUGGUUUCAGAUCAGAUCUGGAAUUUUAAAGUACUCUUAACCUGUGAAUAAACACAUUUCCUGUUGUAAGUUACAAGCAUUAUAAAAUUUAUUUCAAACUGGCGUAAAUAUACCACUUUUGACUCUCAUGAGCAUUACAAAGAUUCCCAACUAGUCCAACUGUGCCAUUCACACACUGCUCUAUCUGAAGGCAGUGUUUAUUUUUGUUGUGUAGAAAAAAACAGUAACUCCCCAUCACCAGAACAAUCUAUUUAUAAUUAAUUUCUAAUAAUGCAAUGAAACUUACUCUAAGGUGAAAAUAUUUUACUGUGUAUAAUAUUUGGAACUACAAGUUUGUGUUACUUGUUUAACUCCCUCUCUUUUGCAAAAGAAAAAUUGUGGUUGAAUGUGUAUUGAAAGAGAGAAGACAAGGGAAACAAAAGUAAUGUAUCGCUUAUUGUUGUGAAAAAAAAUGUAUUUGUAUUAAACAAAUGACCUAAAUUAC